CAACAAAAGUUUUGGAAUUGAAGAAAUUAAUGCCGAAAUACUUACUACUGUCGAGUCAGAAUAUCAAGUAAAUCUACCAAACAUUGUUGUAUUAGAGCCUGGACUAGCACCUAAUAGCAAUGAUGCCAUGUUUAAAUCAAUUAAUAUGUAUUUGGAAGAUCUUAAACAAAAC